AUGCCGUCCCAUAAAACUCCUCGGUACUGUUUGUAUCGCGAGUUCGUUGAUGCUUACAUGAAAGGCCAUUCUGAAAUGUCACGAUGCUUAUCCCACACAGCUGCUCAAACUGAAUGGAACGAAAUCAAAACAAAUGAAGUACUCGUGAAAGAAAAAAUUGAAGAGUAUCUCGCAAAAUUUAACUCUAGUAGUGCUUGUGGCUUGACUCGUUCGGAAACCGGUCCACCGAAGAAAACUCGCGGACGAAAAAAGAAAGCUGAAACCAAUGGUGAGCAAGAAAGUAAUGGUCGUCCGACGAAAAAACGUCAGAAGCGAGCACGAUCAUCUGAUAUCGAAAAUGAAAUCAUCAACGGAACUGAAGAGCAAACCUCAGAUCAAGCAAUCUCAGCAGAUCAACCAGUAGACAGUCAAACAAAAAAGAAACCGGAAAAGAUUCGUACAGCUGCUGAAAUUCUCGCGAAAAAAACACGCGCACCAGCUCAAGAAAAAGUCUCGAAAGAAAUUCAUGAAAUAAAUGAGCGUAUUAUUCAACUAGUCCAAGUGAAAAAUAUGGGUAUGGCUACAAGUGAACAAGAAAAACAAUUGAAGAAACUGUUAGUUGAACAGAAGAAAAAGACAAAUGACUUGAAACGUUUGAAAGCUGAACAGACAGCUAAAAAGCGUGCCCGUGAAAUUAAAAAGCGUAAAAUCGAAGCAUUAUGUGAGAAAAACCCUGAACUUGCAGCUGAAUUGAACAAGAUUUAUCGGCCCAUCAUUGGUCGACCACCAAUUGAAGAAGAAUGUCCAGAUUUACUACAGAUUAUCGAGGAGAUUGCAAAGGUUGGUGGAGCUGCAGACGACAACCGACGUUCGCAGACCAUUCGGCCGUGUUUAACAUUAGACGAUCUACGAGAGAAAAUCAAAGAACGUGGCUAUGACAUCAAACGAUCGACACUUUACUAUCGAUUACUGCCGCAUCGUUCAAAUUCCAUUGAUGGUAAAAAACAUGUCCGAACCGUCCCGGUACGCCUUCGUAAAGCUCAAAAUGACGAACACAGCAAACAUGAAGAUGGACAUUUUGCCACAGCAACCAUUCGAUAUAUCAAAGAUUUAGCUGGUAUAUUUGGUAAUGAUGUCGUAUUCUUCUUAUCACAAGAUGACAAAUGUAAAGUACCAAUCGGUUUGCCCGCCGCGAAAAUACAAGCUCCCAUGUUAAUGCAUUUGGAUUACCGUGUUCGUUUGCCUGAUCACGACUGGACUGUUGCUCCUCGUCAUCAGUUAACUCCUAGUGUUUAUGCCGCUUGCAUGAUGACGGAAAAUAAUGAUGUUGGCUACUCUGGUCCAACUUAUAUUGCAGUUCGUUCCGCCAAACAUGACCGAAGUGAUGCCAAUAGUCAUGCAUGUGAUUUCGAUCGUCUCGUCGGACUGAAAGAAUUUGAAAAAGCAGCACGUGAUUAUACCGGACAAGUGAAGCCACUAGUUAUUAUAACUGUCGACGGUGGUCCUGAUGAAAAUCCACGUUUCCCUAAAACACUCGUUGCUUCGAUACGAAAAUUUCGUAAAUAUAACCUUGAUGCACUAUUCGUGCUGACACAUGCACCAGGUCAAUCGGCGUAUAACGUUGUCGAACGACGUAUGGCACCACUUUCGCAUGAUUUAGCUGGUCUUAUUCUGCCUCACGAUCAUUUCGGUACACAUUUAAACGAUUCAGGUGUCACUGUCAAUCCCGACCUAGAACGAAUAAAUUUCAAAAAAGCUGGCGAAGUUCUUGCAGAAGUUUGGCGGGGAUCCAUUAUCGAUGAAUAUCCCGUUGUUGCUGAAUAUAUAGAUCCGCCGGCAUCCACUCAAGAUGAAUUACGAUCGAUUGACGUGAAUCUAGUGAUGAAUCAUAUUUUAGACCGUGUUUGCUAUGAGGAAGAAUCCGAAGAGCCCAUUGAACGUCGAGUGCAUCAAAGCGAUGAAUACUAUCAGGAAAGAGCUCGAUCGUCACAUAUAGCAUCCAAUGGUGAAUUGUCACGGGAUGGUCCGAAAUAUGACAUUGAUGAGUAUUGGUGCGCGACACAUGUUCUUCAAACUCAGUACACAAUUCAAAUCGUUCGUUGUAACUCCAUCGCAUGUUGUGGUCCAUGGCGAACAAACUACAUUCAAGUAUUUCCACAUCGUUUUCUGCCCGCGCCAGUUCCAUUCGAGCGAACACCACGCGGUAUAGCUAUGGCUGAUCGAGAUUAUCAAAAAGGUGUCUUCUAUGGCUCAUUGAUUCAACGUAUUCAAUUUCAUGGUGUCGUGAUGCAAAGUGCUCAAAACGAUAUCAUCCCAUUCGAUUAUUGCUGUGCCAGUGUACGUAAAGAACUGAAACGACGCGUUUGCUCGAUUUGCAAACAGUAUAUUCCGUCCGCUUAUCGAAUGAAGAAUCACUAUAAAAUUCAUCAACAACAAUAUGCAUCGAACUGUCUCGAGUAUGACGAUGACAUGUUUCCGGAUGAAGCGGAGAUUAAACUUGAAGAAGAAGAAGAAGAAGAAGACGAUAGUGAAAUGCUCAGCAGUCAACGGCCAUUACCAGCUGUGUCUGAUCCUUCAUCGAAUGGCGUGGUGCUUUUUUCGGAUAUGCUCGAUUGGUUAAAAUCGGACUUCGAAGAACUCGAACUCAAAGAACAAGCGCGAAAAGAAGCAGAGAAAAAGAAACAGAUGCGUUAG